AUGGUCAUCGGUAUAGAUGUGACACACCCGUCCCCAGGUCCAGCCAAACGGACAGCACUGAGUGUGGCAGCCAUGGUAGCCAAUGUUGACAACGAGCUCGCACAGUGGCCGAUACAUCUUCGGAUCAACACGGCUGGUAAAGAAAUGGUCGACCUGCUGGGAUCGAUGCGUACGACUCGCCUGGAACUAUGGGAAAGUGACCACGCCAAUUCGCUUCCCGACAAUCUUCUGAUCUAUCGUGACGGCGUUUCGGAGAGUCAGUAUAAGACAGUACUCGAAAAAGAAUUGGGAAGAAUAAGAAACACCUGCCAGGUCAAGUACAGAGGCAGAGAUCCUCCCAAGAUCACGCUCAUUAUCGUUGGCAAACGUCAUCACACCCGAAUCUUCAGAAAGACCGUGGCAGGAAACUGUACAAAUCUUGAAUUUGGCACGUAG